CGAGUUGUGGUAGUGUUGUGCAUCUACCAUCUUCUUCCUCCCUGAAUACUCCUUGCUCCGCGUUUUCCUUCCCCCGUUUUGGUGUUCACAUUAACGAUUCUUCGUUCGUCAACCCUUGAAGAAGUGCUUUUCGGCCGGUGAUUGCGAGGGUUCGAGUUUUUCUUCCACCGGUCAGUUAGGGCUUUGCCUUUCCCGAUGACUUAUGAUGAUCAUGAUGGUGGCCCAGGAGACCUCGUCCCGCACCUCACUCUCCGAAUCCAGAAUGAUGAUAACAACGGGGGCUAUGUCAAAUUGAGGCCCGAACCGCAAGAUUCUGAGCCAGAGGACUCGUUGAGUGAGGCGGCGGGAUGUUCUCUACGGUAUUGGGUUAAAUUGGCUCUGUUCCUUGCAUUCUUUGGCUUCUUGGCUGCUGUUGUUAUCAUAUGGAUCGGACCCUUUUUCAUGGAUAAGGUGAUUAUCCCAAUAAUUAAUUGGGAGAGAAACACAUUCAGCACGCCGGUUUUAAUCGUUCUGAUAUUUGUGUCUGUAGCAUUAUUUCCAACGCUGCUUUUACCAUCUUCACCUUCUAUUUGGGUGGCUGGAAUGAAAUUUGGUUAUGGUUUUGGGUUCUUGCUAAUAAUAUCUGCAGCAUCUAUCGGUGUGUCACUCCCUUUUUUCAUCGGCUCUAUUUUCCAUCAUAAAAUUCAAGGGUGGUUGGAAAAGUACCCAAAGAAAGCUUCUUUUCUAAGAUCUGCAGGUGGAGGAAAUUGGUUUCAUCAAUUUAGGGCAGUUGCUUUGAUCAGGGUUUCUCCAUUCCCUUACAUACUCUACAAUUACUGUGCUGUGGCAACAAAUGUCAAGUAUGGACCUUAUAUAAUGGGAUCCUUGGUGGGAAUCGUACCAGAAAUAUUUGUUGCAAUCUAUACGGGUAUUUUCAUACAGACUCUAGUUGAUGCCUCUCAUGAAAAGCGCACGCUAUCUGCCGUGCAAAUUAUCUUAAAUGUUUUUGGCUUCUGUUUAACUGUGGCUGCAGCAGUCUUUUUCACAGUCUAUGCUAAGAAGAGACUCAAACAGUUGCAACAGGAGGAUGAGGUUUUGCUGCAAUAAUCCAGUAAUUUUUCAAGCUGGGCAUCUCUCUUUGCUGCAUGAACCAUUUACCAUCUCACUGGGCUCAUGGUGCAAAGAUGGGUAAGGAUAUAUAUAUAUAUAUAUAUAUAUUAAAUAGCUUCCUCCAUUGGAAGGUUGAACGUCAAGUGUGCAUACCGGAGGUCACAAAACUAACUUGACUUGGGAUUUGGAUUCUCUCAAUUUCUCAAGAUGAUUAACGACAGGGUUCAUCAUUCAAAUGGUUCACACACACCGUAUGUGUCUUUUCCAAGUUGACACGGUCAAUUACUUAAGAAAUUAAAACGUUCCAAAUCUCUUGACUUGACCAACACCAGCAUUCCCCAUUUCUUUUUCAUGUAUCCCACUUCUCAAAAGAAAUGUAUUACAGUUGCCACUGUAUAUGAAUGAAACCCCCAUUUUCUGGCAAGUUCUUGUGUACGUCGUGAAUUGACUACAUUGUUACUUUCUCUUUGACCAAAAAGAAAGAGCAAGAAAGAACUUCUAACAUGGUUCA